AUGUCUUCGUCACAAGUGAAGCUCAUCACAUUAAUCUACUAUAAAACUAAGUGUCUCAAGAAAAUCGAUAGUACUGCUGUUAUAUCGCACCGAUAUGAUGAUUUACAAACGUGUAUUGAUUAUUUUAAUGCAUCGGACAAAAAUGAUAUUCUAUUUCUAAUUGUAUCAGGUUUAGAUGCUCUUGACAUCGUACCAAAAAUCAAUCAUUUAAGACAGUUAGAUUCGAUAUUUAUUAUAGCUGGUAAAGAAGAUGGCUGUAAGACUCCGUCAUCAUUAGAACGGUAUGCAAAAAUCAUUGAUUAUUUUGAAGAGAAUGAGAAUCUACUGACUAAUUUAACUGAGUCGAUCGAAGAGAAUAUUGAUCUGUGCCGUAAACAAAUUGAAUCAUUUAAAUUUUACGAUCAGCAUCAGAAAUCAACACGACAGCUUUCUGAAGAACACGGUUCUUUCCUAUGGUUACAACUGUUUAAACAGGUCGUCCUACAACUACCUCAUGACGAUGAGGCAAAACAGGAGAUGGUAGAGAAAUUACGAGAGUACUAUCAUAAUAAUAAUAAACAACUGAAACUAAUUAGCAAAUUUAAUGAAACGUACAAACCGAGCGAAGCACUACGUUGGUAUACAGGACAACCGUUUAUCUAUAAACAGAUUAAUCGUGCUCUACGUACAGAAGACAUAGAAUUACUUUAUAAAUUUCGGUAUUUUAUAUCCGAUGUUUGCCGUUACAUUGAAAAAAAAUACGUAGACGCGAAAGAAUAUGAACUCAAACUAAAACUCUAUCGAGGUGUAAGAAUGUCUAAGACAGAAAUUAACAGAUUACAACAAAAUAUUGGCAAACUGAUAUCAACAAAUGGUUUCCUCUCAACUAGUAUGGAGGAAGAUGUUGCAUUGGGGUUUGUUGGAAUGGAUGAUAGUGAACAACAGCGAUCAGUUUUAUUUGAAAUUGAUUGUGAUCUGCCUCUUAUAAAUCAUGUACGUCUUGCUUCGUUACGUGAAUUUAGUGAUAAUUAUCAGGAAGAAGAAAUUUUAUUUGAUUUGGAUACAGUAUUUGAAAUUUUAUCGAUUGAAAGUAAUGAUAAAAAUUUAAUUCGUGUGCAAAUGAAAGUCUCUGACGAGGGACGUAAAACAGCACAGACGUACAUUGAGCACGUAAAGAAAGACAUUUCGGGAGUGAGUACAGCACGAAUUGUGUUCGGACGACUUUUAACUGACAUGGGUCAGUAUGAUAAGUGUGAAACGUAUUUUGAACAUUUAUUAAACAGUCAUCAGCGGGAAGAGGAUACGGCAUUUCUUUACUAUUAUCUCGCUGCUGCAAAAGCUCAGAAAGGUUACUAUGAUCAAGCUUUACAAACUUAUCAGAUCUCUUAUGAUUUGUUGAUGCAAGCUAAUCCACCACGUCUCUGGCCAUCGGCUAGUGUAUUAAGCGAUAUAGGAGGAGUGUUCAGUAAUAAAGGCCAGUAUAAACAAGCAACUGAAUAUCAUAAUCGUGCAAUAAACAUUAGAGAACAGUUAUCGGAUUAUCGUGGUCUAGCGACAUCACUAGAAAAUAUGGCUAUUAUCUUCAAAAAGCAAGGCGACUAUGAUUGUUCACUAGCUAAUCUAACGAAAUGUUUGGAAUUUAGAAAAAAACUUUAUCCGGAAGAACACGAACAGAUAGCAAAUUGUCUAAUGAGAACUGCCGGUGUAUAUAGAGAUCGCAAUGAGUUAAACUUGGCCUUAGAUUAUGAAAAGCAAGCAUUGAAAAUCAACGAACAGUGUCUACCUGGUGGACAUCCUAGGAUUGCCGAAAGUUUACACUAUAUUGGACAAACGUUGUACUUCCAAGGACGUUUUGAUGAAGCACUAGAUUAUUAUAUGCGUUCAUUAAAUAUGCGGGAGAGAGCUUUUGCUACGACUGGUGAACAUCCGACUGUUGCUACAAGUCUGUCAAGUAUUGGUAUGAUAUAUUAUUCUAAAAAUGAAUUUACACUGGCUCUAGAGUACUAUCGAAGAGCUAUGAAAAUCAGAGAGACAUUUGGUCUAAUGGACAGUGAUCAAGCAGCCACUACACUGAUGAAAAUCGGAAUGGCACUAUGUAAACAGGAAAAGUAUGAGGAAGCCUUGCCGUACUAUAAACAGUCUUUAGAAGUUAAAGAAAAAGUAUUUCCAUUUGGACACUUUGAAAUUGUUGACUGUCUGACGAAUUUGGGUAAUGCCUAUCGGGAUAUGGGGAAUUUUGAUCAAGCAUUCCAAUACUUUCAACAGGCGAAGGAACAUGUUGAGUUUGAAACUGUUCCGAAGAAAAUGAAUUUCAUUCGUCUAUCACGUCUCACAGAUAAUAUGGGUAUUGCAAUUGGACGUUUGCACGGAGAUAAUGACGAUGAACAGAGACUUCGAGGUCUGGAAUAUCGUCUAGAAGCUGUACGCCUGCUAUCCAGAGUCUAUCCACGUCUGGACUAUGCACGAUGGAUGGAGACAAUCGGUGAUGUUUUCUGUGACUAUAAUCGAUGGUCGAAAGCCAUCGAAUGUUACCGAACAGCGCUGAGAAUGAAAGAAAAAUGCACUCCAUUCAAUAGCAAGGAAGUUGUAACGAGUCGGAGAAUGCUAGGCCGUCUCUUCUUACAGAAGCAUGAUGAUAACGAGCACCGACAGUAUCGAGAUUACAUCCUAGCUCGAAUGCACUAUGAGAAAGCAUUGGUGGUAAUUAUGCGUGAGUCGUCGUCACAUGAAUCGAACUGUUAUGCUACGGUGUUAAAUGCAAUAGGCAGUAUCUAUGAAAAAACGUCCAAGUAUUCGCUAGCAUUGCAACAUUAUGAAAAAGCAUUUGUUAUCUUAUCUGCUAUCGCAGUGAAUUAUGUUUCCUCGGAAGAUGGUAACGAUGACGACGAGGUAGAUCAAGAAACCGUUGAAAUGAAUGUUGCUAGAAUGGAAUGGUUGACCAACUAUUGUCGGUAA